ACACUGGCGAGGAGCGCGGGUAGACACCUGUUGACCGCCAAGCUGGCUGGAAACCUCCGAGCACUCAUUAGCCACCAGAACUAACCAGCAUCACAAUGGGCCAGCAAUGUAGCCCGCGCGCCCGCUCCGGCUCGCCCUCGGCCGCCGUCGCCCGCGCCCUCGCCCUGCUCCUCGUCAUCUGCCUCGUCCAGUGCGCUGCAGAGCAGAGAAUUAACAAUAGAGGUAGCCAGUCUUCGAAACUAGUUGGGAAUGCCAACGGUUGGCGAAGUCAGCGCGGAGGAUCGUGCCUGAGCUAUGGACAUUCGUGUUGGGGAGCACAUGGGAAGAGGUCGGGGAAGCCCCCUGCAUCAGCUCCAGACUGGUACCUCACCAGGCUACUCCGCAAAAUGGCCGCCAAUGGAGAUCUGGAGGGCACAAAACCUGAAGAAAAUGGUGACACCAACGCCAUCUUUCGGGUGGAUGCUGCAGGUGACACGGUGGUGAACAACCGACUCAAUGAAGAUUCUUCAAAUGAAAUACUGGGAUCAAAAAGAAACCCUGAAGGAAUACCAAUGGUAGAUGACGACGUGCUAUCCAAGGCAAAAUUAUGGCAAAUGAUUAGGGCGGCUUCAGAAGAAAAUUAAAUAAACCUAAUUUACCUACUUUCGACUGACAUUAGGUUAUUUCAUGAAAACUACCUACUUACAUUUAUAAUUACUUAAUUGGCUAAUUUCUCAUGUAGUCUUAUACCAACCUACAGAUAGUUAUUGAUCAAUAAAAUGUAGUGUACUGUAAUAAAUAAACUUUACCCGAACCCUAGUACUGUGGCAUAAAAUAGAUGAAUACUGAUAUUAAAAAGUUACCUUUAUCUGUUAAACAUAUAAAACAUCUAUUGUAUUAUUAUGGUUAUACAUAAAUUUAAAUUUAAGUACAUUGUCAAUUGUAGGGCUGGGUUACAAUUGACAUGAGAGUUUUUAAUACCUACUUACUUUUUUUUGUAUUAUACUUGCUAAGAAAUAUAGGUCAAAUCAGGUUUUAUAAUUACAUUCCAAAACAUAAAACUUUCAAAAUAGGUAAAAGUAUAGGUACGUAUUGUCAUAGACAUUGCUUAUCAAUUUUAUCAUGAACUAUAAAACACGUAGGUACUUACGUAACUAUUUCGAAAAAUUUUAAUCGUUAACUUGCUAUGGUUUGUAACUUUUUUCUGUAGUUUACUUUAUUCUAAUAGUUUAAAGUCUAUAACAGUGUGCUUAUACUAUUAUAUUUUACAAGGUUAUUUUUAGACUCUAUACUUCUUAUACAUUAGGUAUAGAACUUUUAAACAUUAAGUUAUUAAUAUGUGGUUACGUAGUAUAUAAUUUGUUUUAUUAAACUAAUUUUUUUAUUUAAAAAACACAGAAUAUCGUCGUUUAGUAAAUCUUUAUAAGUACAUCAUACAUAGGUACAUCAAUAUUGUAUCUAUCCUAGCCCAUCUUUUAUCUACCUCUUACAAAAUCUUUGGAGGUUGUAAAAAACACUGAAUUUAUCUCUGCGUGUUGGAAUAGUAUAAAUAGAAUAAAAUUGCAAAAUACUUUAUGAAAUACUUACUAAAUAAAAAGUAUCUUAUUGUUGUUAGUUACUUAUUAAAGAAAUAAACAUGACAGUUAAAUACCCAA